UGCCCUUGUGUAUCAAACUGUUCGCGUCAUAAUUACAUACAUUACAUAUAAAUAUUUGUGUGUAUGUGAGUCAUUUUUCGGCUUGACUGAUUGAAAGGAGGAGAAAAUUAGUUUUUUUACUGAAUAAUAAUUCUAAUACCACCAGCAGAAUGUCUGCCGUAAUAGUGGUCAUUGUUCUCGUAGUUAUAUUUGUUGCCGUCGGGGUUGGCGUAAUUUGUACAUGGUCAUGGUGGAAACGGUGGCUGAAUCGUUGUUUGUCAAAUGGCGAUUCACCUCCAGAUGCGAGAUGGGAACCAGGUCCACCAACUUUUGAACAAUUGGACCCUACGGCUCUGGACAGGUCACAAAGAAAUCGAGACGGGUCAGUGAUCAUCGACCCCUUGCCCAAUUUGAGAGAUUUGAAUAUUGAUCCACGAGAAAGUUUUGAACUGAGGCGAACUAAAUUUCCCCAAGGAAUCAUUCCAAUUGGUGGAGAAUCUAGUGUCCAUGCUCAUGAUUGGUUUCAUCCUCCGUACGAAAGCUUUCCAAAGGAAAACUUGGAAUAUAUCAAAGUCAUUGGUAAAGGUUGGUUUGGUAAAGUUAUUGAGACUGACGCAAAAAAUAUUUCCCCAAUGACAAAAUCAAAGAAAGUCAUUGUGAAGCAAUUACGAGACGAUGCGAAUGACCAUGAGCAGAUGCGAUUCCUCAAUCAAUGUCGUGCUUACAGGGAUUCCAACCACGGAAAUGUUUUAAAGCUAUUAGGUUUCUCAGUUGAUAACCUGCCAUAUCUUGCAAUUUUUGAAUAUUGGCCCUUAGGAGAUCUCAAGUCAUAUUUAAGUGCAAAGAGGAAAUGCAACGAAGCAGAAUCAAUGAUUCAACAUGGAGUUAUUGGAAGGAUGGCAAUAGAUAUUGCAAAGGCAAUGGAAUACCUUUUUGCUCUUCAUUUUGUUCAUGAAGACUUAUCAGCUCGGAAUUGCAUGGUGGGAAAUGUGGCAGGGAGAAUAAUCUUGGGUGACAAUUAUGGCCUAGCCCCCAGCGCAUUCCCCAGGGAUUACUAUAAAAUUUCGAACAUGGCAAUUCCCAUUCGAUGGGCUGCCCCUGAAGCAUUCGAAUUCAAAGAGGGAACAUGUACCCCACUGCAGAUAACACAAGCAGCAAAUAUCUGGUCAUACGCUGUUGUGCUGUUUGAGUUGUACAGCUUUUCGAAGAUGCCAUAUUUGGAGAUGAGUGACGAGGAGGUGAUUCGAGGGGUUCUGGUCAACAAAUCCUACCUGAUGGAGCCUCCAAAUUUCCCCUUCGUAAAUGACUCCACGAAGGAUCGUUUGUACAAACUCAUGCUCUCCUGUUGGAACAGAAUCCCCGAAAAUCGGCCCACAAUCCACCAAGUUCUUGAAAUCAUGUCCACACCCUAGAAUCUAGUUGAACAUAUCUAAUCACUAUCUAUAUAUAUCUAAUCUUUGACUUGAGUACAAUGCAAUAAUAAUUAUUUAAAACCAUUGA